AUGUCGGCCUCGCGGAGAGUCUUGUCCAGCUUCCGGGUUCAGCUUCGGUUCCGGUACCCGCAGUUCGUAUCGUGUAGCCGAAGAUACUCAACAGCUCCUUCUUCUUCAUCAACACCGGCCUCAGUUGAGGUCAAUGGCAAAACGGUCACUACGGACUCAUGGUUCAAUGUGCCAGCAAACGUCAUUAACGCGGCGAGUCGCCGCCUGCAUCUCCAAAAGGACCAUCCCGUCUCGAUAACGCGUCAGAUUAUCGAGGCUCAGUUCCCAUCCCCCACCUACAGAUACCACAAUGACUUUCACCCCGUGGUCUCAACCCUGCAGAACUUUGACUCGCUUGGCUUCCCGGCCGAUCAUCCCGGGCGAAACAAGUCUGACACUUACUACCUGAACAAGGACACGCUGUUGAGGACACACACCAGCGCACAUCAGGCCGACACCUUCAGGGCCAACCUCAGCGACGGCUUCCUCAUCAGCGCCGACGUCUACAGGAGAGAUGCCGUCGACCGCAGCCACUACCCCGUCUUCCAUCAGAUGGAGGGCGCGCGCGUGUGGGAUAGGACCAAGGUUAAGGACGGGAACCUGGCGGCUGCUGUCUGGGAGGACGUCGAACGUCUUCCGAAGCAUAACAUCAAGGUCGAUGACCCUAACCCCCUCGCGCAUCCCGAACGAAAUCCCCUCCAGGACAAGCACCACACUGCCGAGGAGGCCGAGGCCAUCUCCACCCACUUGAAGAGGUCGCUUGAGCUCAUGGUAGUGGACGUUUUCACCCGCGCCAAGGCCGCCGCCUCUAGGGAAAAUCCGGAUCACGUCGAUGAGCCCCUCAGGAUGCGCUGGGUCGAAGCCUACUUCCCCUUCACUAGCCCAUCGUGGGAGCUGGAGGUGUAUUACGAAGGAGACUGGCUCGAGGUUCUGGGCAGCGGCGUCGUGCAGCAGCAGAUCUUCAUCAACGCCGGCGUACCCUCCCAAGCAGGCUGGGCUUUCGGCAUCGGCAUCGACCGCAUCGCAAUGCUUCUUUUCAAGAUUCCCGACAUCCGCCUCUUCUGGUCGCGCGACGCCCGCUUCCUGAGCCAGUUCUCUGGCGUCUCCGAUAACCUCGACACGCUACGACGCUUCGUACCCUUCUCCAAGUACCCCCCUUGCACCAAGGACAUUUCCUUCUGGUUGCCCUCGACCACUUCGGCCGCUGGCGGGAACACGCGACCCAGCCCCCAAGAUUUCCACGAGAACGAUGUCAUGGAGCUCGUGCGCAACGUGGCCGGCGAUGUGGUGGAGGACGUCAGGCUCGUGGAUGAGUUCACGCACCCCAAGACGGCGAGGCGCAGUCUCUGUUACCGCAUCAACUACCGCAGCUUGGAGAGGACGCUGACCAAUGUGGAGACGAACGAGCUGCAUGGCGAAGUUACCAAGGAGCUGGUCAACAAGCUGGGUGUCGAGAUUAGGUAG